AUGGUCGCAUCAGCCGGCAGCCCCGACUCCGUAGCUGCCGCCCUCACAUCGGCAACAAAACCGCACUCAAGCGCAACACGCUCCUACAGGGCUCUCGCCUUCCUCAACUUCUUCUUCCACCGCGUCACUCGCAGUGGGCCUAAACUUCUGCUGUACCUGGCAGUUCUUCUCGCCUCGUUGCUCGCCCUGACCAAAUGCCUGCCCUCGAGCGUCUCCAACCGAAUCGUCAGCAGCACAAGCCACCUUUGGGAAUUCCGGCCCAGCGGACUCGGUGGUAGUCGUGGUGCCUCCAAGGGCCAGCCGGUCCUCGUGCCGGGCGAGAACAAUGCACACGAUGCGCUGGCCGGCGGCGGUCUGAGGGUCGUCGUGUUUGGCGAGAACGACAUUGCGACGUCCGUGUUGCCCGACGUAGCAGAUGCCCAAGGCUUCAUCAACGACACGUCUUGGACGAAGGAGCUGUGCAUUGCUCUCGGUUGCACGACGUACAUUUCCUGCGUCCCCGUGCUCGAUUCGCCGCACCGUUCGCUGAGCAGCAACUCUCUGUACGGCGCAGCCGUCGACGAGGCCUUGCGGGAUUCUAAAGAGCACGUGCCAGCGGACGACUUUACGUAUGUGUCCGAGCAGUAUCCCAUCCCGUGGGAGGCACGCGAUCUAUACACGCAGGUCGCCCAGUUUCUCGAGCAGCCGGCACCGCAGCGACCGCCCAAGGAGACCGUCUGGGUAUUCGCGCCGGGCAUGUGGGAUGUCUGGUCGCUGGCGGCAUUUCCGGCCCAUACGGCCGAGGCGUACGUGACGAGCAUGGUCUAUGACCUGUUUUCGACCAUCGAGAUGCUCUAUGACGCUGCUCAUGACGCCACGUCGAUUGCGUACUCAAAGUACAACGCUGUCCCCCUCGACGACGACAUCAUUCUGGCAUCCGGCAACAACACGGCCAACAUCAACAACCCCGAGGGAGCUGCAGGCCAGAACUCGGACCUGAAGUGGGAGGGCACCACGUCCGAACCGUUCCGUGUCGUGAUCCCGCUUCUGUUUGACCCGUCGCUUAUGCCCGCCUGGCACCUCGACCGCCCCAACGCGCCCGACCUGCACACAAAGCCCGAGCAUCUACGCAAUGCCGUGCGCCUCACAAAGCUCUGGAACGACUUUGUCUUGGACGAGAUGCACAAAUGGUCCAAGAAGAACGCUACCUUUAUCCACCCGGACGAUCGUGUUGGCGCUGACGCCGAAUCCGCCGCUACUGUGACAGGCGCUAUCACUGGGACGACAAACGACUUGCCCAGCCAUUCGGCCAAACGUCGUCAGGACAACGACCACCCGCCUGUUCCCACGCUCCUCCGAGAUGGCAUUCUUUUUCGCAUGUCCGACUACCUGAUGGACGUGAUCAUCGACGGCCAGAUGCGGGCGCGCGGCAUUGUCGACAAGAAGGGCUUUGGUAAGCUGCCCAAGUCGGAUCGCUAUUUGGAGGUCGACAAGCCCUGUGCAGCUCCUCACGUCAUUGGUCUCCCGACCGAGACCAGCAAGAUCGCAACCGAGCUCCAUUUUGACGAGGACAAGAAACAAGAAAAGGACAAGCAGGGGGACAGCGCCACUGAUGGCCCGACGCAUACGUUCGUGGCCCCGGGCCCACCGACCGGUACCAACACGCAGGUGGAGAACCCGACCCAUACAUAUGUCGCACCGGGCCCGCCCACCGGCACUGCGCAGCCAAAGCAGGUCCGGAACAACCGCCCUAGCCUGAGCUUCGUCAAGAGUCGAUUCCGGAGCAAAAUUGUGCACAAGGACGUCGUGUCCGCACCAGCCGUGCCGGCACUGACCAAGAAACUCGCGGUGUGCGAAGAGCCCGACGACCACCUCUUCUUCACGUCCUUUAGUCUCGGCCGGCGCGCCAUUGGAGAAAUCGGGCGGCUGGCGGCGGCUGUUGUGCGUGCGAGUCCCGCUACGCGGUCGGCUUGGGAGAUGAACCGCCGAUUGAGCUUUGAGAAGGACCGAAAGCCUGCGUCGUGGAAGGAGUAUUACCACUCAUAG